CGCAUUCAGGCCGACUGAGUUCUGCCUUCACUGAGGGAAGCUACUGUUGUCGCAGAGGGAAGCCUCACCCAGCCUCACGCGCGUGACCAUGUGGAGGCUGCUGACGCGCGCCCCCGCCCCGCUCCUGCGGGUUCACUUUUCAGAUUCUUGGGCAGCCCUUCCCACCAGUGCUGGUCUGAAGACAUUCCUCCCAGUGCCCACUUUUGAAGAUGUCUCCAUCCCUGAAAGGCCCAAGCUUAAAUUUGUUGAAAGGGCCCCACUUGUGCCAAAAGUAAGAAGAGAACCUAAAAAUCUGACGGACAUUCGAGGACCUUCAACUGAAGCCACUGAAUUCACAGAAGGCAAUUUUGCAAUUUUGGCACUAGGAGGUGGUUAUCUCCACUGGGGCCAUUUUGAGAUGAUACGCCUGACAAUCAACCGUUCUAUGGAUCCCAAGAAUAUGUUUGCCAUAUGGCGAGUACCAGCUCCUUUCAAGCCCAUCACUCGCAAAGGUGUUGGGCAGCGCAUGGGGGGAGGUAAAGGUGCCAUUGAUCACUAUGUGACCCCUGUGAAGACUGGCCGCCUCAUAGUAGAGAUGGGUGGACGCUGUGAAUUUAAAGAGGUACAGGGUUUUCUGAACCAAGUUGCACACAAGCUGCCCUUUCCAGCAAAGGCUGUGAGCCGUCAGACUCUAGAAAAGAUGCAACAAGAUCAAAAGGAAAAAGAACAGAACAACCAAAAUCCCUGGACCUUUGAGCGCAUAGCCACUGCCAAUAUGCUUGGCAUACGGAAAUUCCUGAGCCCAUAUGACUUGACACAGAAAGGGAAAUAUUGGGGCAAAUUCUACUUGCCUAAGCGUGUGUAGUGAAGACACAUGUGCACAGACUCUUGAGCAAGAAUCUGCAUCUUUAUUGUCCUUAGGAUCUUUGAUGGUUCUUGGAUCUUAACUAAGCACAUCAGUAAGUGACUUCUGAAAAACUGUUAUCUGAGUGUUUCUAAUUAAAGUUUGAGUGUAACUUUGGGGUA